GUAAACAACGUAGAGAAAUAUUUAAAAAAAAUUUAUCGUACAUUUUUGAAUUUCGGGUGUUGGAAAUUAAUAAUUGGUUCGAUUACAUUUUUUCGAUUGACAAUGGAUAAUGUACCAGUAUUGCUGACAUCUAGCCCCUAUUACAAUUUCUUGCGAGAAUAUUGGCUGGGCUGUGAUGACCGAAGCAUUUCACCCCAGAAAAUGGUCUGCGAUGCAGCUGCCACUUGGAGAAAGCUACAUCCAGUCGAGCGGUUAAUGUUCGAAGAGCCUAAUUAUAUAGGCGCACGUCUAGCCGUUGAUCUCUUAUUGCCUGUGACUACCCAAUAUAAAAAGACUAGUAAGCAAGCAAAGUCUAAAUUGAAAGCAAUAAAGGCUCUGCCAAGUACUGUCAGAAAAUUCAAGUCCACGCAUCCAUCAAAGCGGCAAAGUGUGCGAGUCCAAUCGAAGAAGUCGAAACUAAACAAAGGCCGGUCUACUUAAUCAAUGGAUAUACUUAUCAAAGACAAUUGCCAUUUUACUGCCUCUUACUUAGCUCUGAUUUAUAGAU